GGAAAUUUUUUAAAUAUUAAAGCAUUAGACGCAUCUUCCUCCUCGUUGUCCAUGCCAUCGAGGAAUCCGUAUUGGGCAACAAGUCAUGAAUGGGAUUUGGCAAUGGGAAGGUCUGAUGAUGGUGGACAGCAGUCUCUGAACAACAUCAAUUCCCAACAACAACUACAGCAACAACAGCAGAAUAGUGCUGCUUAUUAUGAGCAAAUGAUCGCAGCUGCUUCGGCUGCAAAUGGGAGUGGACAAACUUCGGCUUGGUACCCAACACAAAAUUAUGUGGGUUAUUAUGGACUAGGAGGUGUUCAAAGAGUUGGAGCUGCACUUAAUGGAUAUCUGGGAUCUCCUUAUUCUGGUGUUUAUCCGCACCAAGCUGUAGAUUAUUAUAAUGCGGCUGCUGCCUCAUUUCCUGGCAGUUAUUAUGCAGCAGCAGCAUCAUCAGCAAAAGCAUUAGCUUCACAUUAUGGUCAGCAACCUCAACAACAUCCACAAAAUUACCCUGCCAUACUUUCAAUGAAUAACAGUAAUAAAUACCCUCCAACGAUAUUAAUGGAUCUACAAGCAAUCGCUACAGGGAGUGAAUUAGACACUUCCCCUCCAUUAAAUAAUGGAUCUGCUGCGGUUUCCUCACCUCCUUUGGAAACAAAUUCACACAAUAAUGGUGCUACAAAAUCAAGCAAAUCAAGAAAUAAAGGAGAGAAAUGUGGCGGGGCUACUUUAAAUAUAAAACGUUCGAAGAAAAAAAAGAUUUCAGCAAUUAGAAGCCAAAGCCAAGAAUUAAACCAAACACGAGUUUUUGUUUGGGAAUUGGAAGAUGUUUGUUCUAUACUUCCCCAAACUCAUUAUUAUAAAGAUCAGUUAGAAAUUAUGUUAAAUGAGGCAUUAUCUAAAGUGUUAGAGCACGUAUUUAAUUUAGAGAAUUUUGAUGAUUUUGAUCAAUCAAAUAUUAUGGAUGCUGAAAUGGAUGAAGCACUUCAUAAUGCUAAUCCCUCAAAUUCAUUUUCUGAUGAAUUAUCUAAUAAUAAUAUUCAACUUUCAUCUACCAAUCCCUCUUCAAUUCCAAAUUCUUCAUCUAAUUUAAAUAAACAAACGGGAAUAUCUUCUACAGAUGGAUAUAGAAAAUUAGCAGAAAAAUGUAGAAAUGUAAAGAAUGUUUUUGAGAGAUAUAGAAGGCUAUCUUCAUUUGCUGAAUUGUUAGAACAUUGUGGACUUCCUUCUACUCAAUUAAUUAAUCAUUUGGAUAAUAUUGAAAAAUUUCCGGAGGCUAGUAUGGCAUUAUUUAGGGAAUGCUUAUCUUUUAUUCAUAAACGAUCUCCAUUACUUAAACAACCUUAUGUUAAUGUAAUUCUCUCAUCUAAUCAAAUAGAGGGUGGAAUAGCCGGCGCUUUUGGCCGUUUAAUGUUGUGUAGAUUGGGGGAAUAUAUUGAGGCUGAAAAUGUUUUUUGUAUUACUCGAAAUGGAAGGGAAACUGUUUUUGAAAGAUUGAUAAAUCAAUUUCAAAAAAAAUUAAUUGUUUUUAUUUCUAAUAAUGAACAAACUAAAAAAUUUGCAGAAACGGUAAAUUUUAAAAGUUUAAUUAAGGGAAUUGAAAGAAAUAUUCAAAAACUUGGUGGUCUAAAGUAA